AUGUUAGGUGGAGCAACUACCUACUAUGGUAUCUUUCCCAGCUUAACAAGUUUGGAGCUAUUUAGUUUGCCAAAGCUCAAAUGCACAUGUCCAUGGCUAAACAAAUUGGAAUGGCCAAUGUUAAAAGUAUUAGAUGUGCAUCACUGCGAUCAAUUGAAGAUUUUCCCGACUGAGGAUCAGGAUCAUCCAAGUGAUGGGGAAGCCAUUGUUCCAUUUGAAAAGGGUUUUCCCAACAUAGAACAAUUGUCACUUGACAAGGAAGACAUCAUGAGGAUUAAUUGUCAGGCACUAUGGAUUUCCAUAUCAAUUUUUCCGAAAGGAAUUACUUCCCAAUUUAGAAAGCUUCAAGUGGCUUGUAGUAACUUCAAAGAAAUUUUCAGCUCUCAGAGACAUGAUAUAGAUUUUGACUUGGGAAUGUUGUUUCCACAACUCAAGGGAUUGGAACUGAUGUCUUUGCAGUGUCUUGAAUCCAUUGGGUUAGACCAGUCCUGGGUUGCCCCAAUUCUUGAAAACCUAGAAACCUUUUUAGAUUUACUUGAGGAGCUUUCCAUUGGCAAAUGUGGAUCAAUACAAGAAAUAGUGCCUAAAAAAGAUGAUGGAUCUGAUGAAGAUGAGUUAACAUUUCAAAAGCUCAAAACUUUGUCUUUGGACUCUCUUCAAAGACUUGGAAGCUUUCACUCAGGGAAUUCUACACUGAACUUCCCAUGUUUGGAACUUUUGACUGUUGAUGAAUGCCCUAGAAUGAGAAUUUUCUCUUGUGGAUCCAUAAAUGCAUCUCAACAUUUACGAGUUUCAGCAAAGCCUUCCCAACACACAAGUUAUCGUCCACAAUAUUGCGGCCCUGAUCUAAAUGGCCACAUAAAAUUGCUCUUUUCCUCACAGGUUGCACUACGUGAUGUGCAAAAUUUGGAGCUUGGAGAUUACCCUGGGCUGCAAGAGAUAUGGCAACGUGAAACACCAGUCCCUGAUGGAGGGUUCAGUAAGUUGAAGACUUUGAUAGUGGAUGGUUGUCAUUUCUUAUCAAAAAAUGUGAUCCCUUUUCAUUUGCUUGGCUUGAUUUGUAACUUGGAAGAUUUACAAGUACGGAAUUGUGGCUCAGUAAAGGCAAUAUUUGAAGUGGGAUCUUUGUCUUCCUUCUUCUCCAUUCCCUUGAAAACAUUGACCUUGGAACAGCUCCCUGAUCUGGAGCAUGUUUGGAAUGAGGACCCUCAAGAAUUUCUCAGCUUCCAAUCGCUACAACAAUUACAUGUUAAUGGGUGCAGCAGCCUCAAGAGCUUGUUUCCAGCGUCCAUGGCCCAUGGCAAACUUGGGAGGCUUGAAAUACUAGAAGUGCGAUGGUGUAAGGGGUUAGUUGAAAUUGUUGCAUGGGAUGAAACAAUGUUAGGUGGAGCAACUACCUACUAUGGUAUCUUUCCCAGCUUAACAAGUUUGGAGCUAUUUAGUUUGCCAAAGCUCAAAUGCACAUGUCCAUGGCUAAACAAAUUGGAAUGGCCAAUGUUAAAAGUAUUAGAUGUGCAUCACUGCGAUCAAUUGAAGAUUUUCCCGACUGAGGAUCAGGAUCAUCCAAGUGAUGGGGAUGCCAUUGUUCCAUUUGAAAAGGGUUUUCCCAACAUAGAACAAUUGCCACUUGACAAGGAAGACAUCAUGAGGAUUAAUUGUCAGGCACCGUUUCAGGCAAACUUCCUUCGCAAAGUGAAAUCUCUCGUGUUGCAAUGCUUCCAUGAUUAUUCAGAUGGAUUUCCAUAUCAAUUUUUCCGAAAGGAAUUACUUCCCAAUUUAGAAAAUCUUCGAGUGGCUUGUAGUAACUUCAAAGAUAUUUUCAGCUCUCAGAGACGUGAUAUAGAUUUUGAUUUGGGAAUGUUGUUUCCACAACUCAAGGGAUUGGAACUGAUGUCUUUGCAGUGUCUUGAAUCCAUUGGGUUAGACCAGUCCUGGGUUUCCCCAAUUCUUGAAAACUUAGAAACCUUGCGGGUGGUGAGAUGUCCUUGUUUGAGGAACACGGUGCCGUCUGCUUUAUCUUUUUCGAAAUUAAGGCAAUUGUUUGUAUAUGGACGUCAAGGAUUGGUCUGCUUGUUCACAUUGUCAACUGCAAGGAGUUUAGUUUUACUUGAAGAGCUUGUCAUUGGCAAAUGUGGAUCAAUACAAGAAAUAGUGCCUAAAAAAGAUGAUGGAUCUGAUGAAGAUGAGUUAACAUUUGGGAAGCUCAUAGUAUUGUUUUUGGACUCUCUCCAAAGACUUGGAAGCUUUCACUCAGGGAAUUCUACACUGAACUUCCCAUGUUUGAAACUUGUGACUGUUGAUGAAUGCCCUAGAAUGAGAAUUUUCUCUUGCGGAUCCAUAAAUGCAUCUCGACAUUUACGAGUAUCGGCAAAGCCUUCCCAAAACACAAGUUAUGGUCCAGAAUAUUGCGGCCCUGAUCUAAAUGGCCACAUAAAAUUGCUCUUUUCCUCACAGCAUGCAAACUGUGCACAAGAUAUAUCAUGUUUGGAGCUUUGUGAUCACCCAGAGCUACUGGAAAUAUGGCAGCGUGUUGUGCCUGUUCCGAAUAGAGGCUUCUGUAACUUGACGAAUCUGACAGUGCAUGGUUGCCAAUCUUUGACACACGUGAUUCCCUCUCAAUUGGUUCCCUUCCUCUGUAACUUGAAAUAUUUAACAGUACGAGAUUGUAAUGCUGCCAAGGCCAUAUUCGAUUUGAGCCCCAUGUUGCCCCAAGGCAAACUCGAAAGCCUCCAAGAACUAAAAGUGAAAAACUGUGAACAGUUAGUAGAAAUUGUUGCCUGGUAUGAAACAAUCUCAGGAGUAGCAACUUCAAACUCAAUUAUCUUUGCUGGCUUAACAAUGCUGAAGCUCCAUACAUUGCCAGAGCUCAAGUGCAUCCACCCAACAGUUGACAAUUUGGAAUGGCCUAAGCUAGAAAAAUUAGUUGUCUACCGUUGUGGUCAGCUGAAGAAUUUUCCACCAUUAGGUCAGGAUCACUUUGCAAAAGAUACCGAAGCCACUAUCACAUUAGAAAAGGUUCUUCCCAACCUAAAGCAAUUGUCACUCAGCAAGAAACACAUCAUGCAGAUUUGGCAAGCCCUGCUCCAGGAAAAGCUUCUUAAAGGAGUGAAAUUUCUCAAAUUGAAAUUCUUUAAUGAUGAUUCAAAUGAAUUUCCAGAUAGAUUCUUCCUGAAGGAAUCAAUGCCCCAUUUAGAAGAGCUUAGAUUGUCUCAUAGUAACUUCAAAGAGAUAUGCACCACUCAGAGAUCUGAUCUGGAUGGCUUUUUUGAUGUGUUCUUUUCACAACUAAAAGCCUUAAAAUUGAUUUCUCUUUCAAAGCUUAAUUCCAUUGGGUUAGAGCACGCCCCACUACUGGGAAACUUGGAAACCAUGAUAGUGCAGGAUUGUCCUUGCUUAAUGAACUUGGCACCCUCUACUGUGUCUUUCACAAGUCUAAAGGGUCUGACUAUAAGGAAGUGUGAUGGAUUGGUAUAUUUGUUCACAUCUUCGACUGCAAAAAGUUUAUCUUUACUCUCAAAGUUGUCUGUAAAGAAUUGUGAAUCGAUCCAAGAAAUAGUGGCUAAAGGAGAUGAAUCGGAUCAAGAUGAUAUAGCAUUUGAGAAUCUCAAAGAGUUGGAUCUCGAACUUCUGCCAAGACUAGAUAGCUUUUACCCGGGGACUUACAAUUUGAAAUUCCCAUCCUUGGAACAAGUUUCAAUAUACGGUUGCUCCCGGAUGAAGGUUUUCUCUCAUGCUGAUAUAUAUGCACUGGAUAAUGUGACUAUUCGAUGUUUUGGGGAUAAGAAUCUUAGAGCCAUGAUGGAGAAGGCCUUUAAGAAGGCAGCCUGCUGAGUUAAUAUAAAUGAGAAAUUUUGCAGUGCUAUUGGCAGGAAAUCAUGUUUCACAAGACAAGCUUAUUUUGGUUCUGCUCCUCAGUCACAACGCUUUAAAGUUGAGGGAGAUUGGAACCGUCCAUGUCGUUUUCCUUGGGUUGAUGAUGUAGAAAUUGAAGGCUAAGUUUGUGUGUGGUGUCUCCUUUGCAGAUUAAGUUGUAAAAUGUUUAGACAUGAAAACUUCAUUGAAUUCCAAUAUGAGGUGGUGACCUUUAUAUUUGAAUCAGAAGGAACUUUGGACCAAUUGUUUGAGUGACUCUGCUUUGGAAAUGAACAUUUGUCGUAUGAGAA